GGGACCUGAACAGUCAUGUUAAAGUAAAGCAGAAGACUGCUGUACUGAACAUGUUAAGGAGACUGGACAAGAUCAGGUUCAGAGGACAGAAGCGAGAAGAGUUUCCCGAUUUGGCCGAGUCUCCAAAUGCUUCCGAUACAGAAUGUGGAGAUGAUUUCCUUCUGAAAAUACCUCGAACCUCAAAAGAGAAUGAAGAGCUGAAGGACCCUGCUGGUUCAGGGACCAUCAUCAUGGCAUCUGGAGUAUCAGAAUUUAACCGGACAGAAAUUGACCGACUCAAUGAGAUUAAGGGGCAUCUGGAAAUUGCCUUACUGGAAAAACACUUCCUGCAGGAAGAGCUCCGGAAGCUACGGGAAGAAACUAAUGUUGAGACAAUGAAGCAGGAGCUGGAAAAAGAAAGGAUAAAGAGGCUAGAGCUGGAACAAAAAGUGAAUGAUUUGGCCAAAGCAAGGACUGAAGAAUCUACCGCACAGCAACCAUCAAGGGGACAGUCUCAGAGCAAUGGCUCAGAUAAGCACAGAAAGCAAACCAUGUGCUCCAGAGUUCAGAAAUGGUUUUACGACCGAUUUGGAGAAUACAUUGAGGAUUUCAGAUUUCAGCCAGAAGAGAGCACUGUGGAAACAGAAGAACCACUGAGUGCAAGAAGGUUAACAGAAAAUAUGAGAAGGUUAAAGCGAGGUGCCAAACCUGUUACAAAUUUUGUAAAGAACCUUUCUGCCUUAUCAGACUGGCAUUCUGUCUACACUUCUGCUAUUGCCUUUAUUAUUUACAUGAAUGCUGUAUGGCAUGGCUGGGCCAUUCCUAUGUUUUUAUUUUUAGCUAUUUUGAGGUUAUCCCUAAAUUACCUCAUUGCCAGGGGAUGGAGAAUUCAAUGGAGCAUUGUGCCUCAAGUAUCAGAGCCUAUAGAGCCUCCUAAAGAAGACUUGACGGUUUCUGAAAAGUUUCAGUUGGUUCUUGAUGUAGCACAGAAAGCACAGAACCUGUUUGGCAAGAUGGCAGACAUACUGGAAAAAAUUAAAAAUUUGUUUAUGUGGGUACAGCCAGAAAUUACUCAAAAACUGUACAUCUGCUUAUGGGCAGCCUUCAUAGCAUCAUGCUUCUGUCCAUACAAACUGAUUGGACUCUGCAUGGGGCUUUAUGCUGGUAUUAAGUUUUUUCUCAUAGACUUUGUUUUCAAACGUUGCCCGCGACUUCGAGACAAAUAUGACACUCCUUACAUUAUUUGGACAAACCUACCCACCGACCCACAGCUUAAAGAGAGAACAAAUGCAACUGUGUCAAGACGGAUACAAACAGUCUCUUCAAGAAGUAAUGUAUCCACAGGAGCUCCACAGGGAGUAAAUCGUGAUGAAGAGGGAGGGCGAUAUCAUAGUACAAAAAAGAGCAGUUUUCAUGAGAUCUUCAGUUUAGCUGAAACGGAGCGACCAUUGCCAGCUUGUGAAAAUGGCUGGCGUUGUUGCUUGAUUAACAGAGACAAGAAAAUGCCUACUGACUACAUUAGAAAUGGCGUCCUUUUUGUCACUGAGAACUAUUUAUGCUUUGAAAGUUCCAGAUCUGGCUCAUCAAAGAAGAACAAAAUCAUAAAACUAACAGAUAUUACGGACAUUCAGAAGUAUAAAGUUCUUUCAGUGCUUCCAGGAUCAGGAAUGGGAAUUGCAGUUUCUACCCCUUCUACUCAAAAGCCACUAGUGUUUGGUGCCAUGGUACACCGAGAUGAAGCGUUUGAAACCAUCUUCAACCAGUAUGUCAAGAUCACAUCCACAGUAGCAAACAAUGACACCUAG